GAUGGCGGACAGUGAUGAAGAAGACUUCGUUGCGCUUGGAACUCCAUUUGAACAGCUUGAGGAAGAUGCUCCCAGGAAAAAGCCAGUGCCAAUACACGAACAAAUCGUCACGGAUGAGCGUGGCAGGAGGCGUUUUCAUGGCGCGUUUACAGGCGGAUUUUCAGCGGGUUAUUUCAACACCGUUGACACUAAGGAAGGUUGGACUCCCAAGACAUUCGUCUCAUCUCGUUCACAGAAACCUACGGAACGAGUUACGCAGAGACCCGAGGACUUUAUGGACGAAGAAGACUUAAGUGAAUUUGGGAUUGCGCCAAAAAGAGUAGUUACUACUCAGAAGUUUUUGCCAAGUCGAAGUGAUGACAGUACAAGUGGCAAGAGACCUAGUGGUAGUGGUGGUCGUGGGGCAGGAUCGGCUGUUCUAGGGGAAAACUUGCUGCAGGAGCUUAUUGUCCCUGUGAAGAUGUCGGUAGGAAUUAAGUUGCUGAGUCAAAUGGGAUGGAAGGAAGGCCAGGGAGUGGGGCCUAGAGUUAGACGUGAAGCAAAGAAGACAUAUGGAUGUGUGGGCCCACCUGGUUCAGAACCAGACAAACCAGAAGGCGAAGAAGAUAUCUAUGCUGUUGGUCUCUUUUUUGCUCCCAAAGAUGUUGAAUCAUUUGAGUUCACUUCAAAAGAUGACUUACAUGGCAUUGGUUAUAGUGGUAUUGAUCCAAAGACAGCUUUACUGAGCCAGACAGACUGGCUGGGAAUGAAUACAUCUUCAAGCAGCAUUGGUAUCAGAGGCCAGGUGGGAUGUUAUCAAUCUUCUGUAAAGCAUCAAAGCCCCCACCAGCACGGAAGCACUACCCUCCUCCUGUAGUACCAAGAGACUUCAAACCCUUCCACAACACUGAAGAAACCACCCAAGCCAAACAGCCCUUGUCAGGUCUCCCAGUAAACCAAGGACAGAAAACGCUGGAAGGAAACCAAACUAACAAACGUCUGACAGCUAAAGAGAGGGGGGAAGCUUUGGGAGAAGUUCCUCUUCCUACCCCAAAGAAAUCAAUUUUUGACUACAUCGCCGAAGAAGAUAAAACUCGCUUGAAAGAAUCCAAGGAAAAGACGAACACUUCAAAAGAGCGCGCUAAAGUACUUGAAAAUAAUGACUUAAAUACGAGGUUUACUUCAAGAGGUCCGCUCAGCACAAGUGGGUUUAAACCCUUUGCAAAGGAACCAGAAAAACAGGCUCGAUAUGAACAGUACUUGAGUGGGAAGAGUGAUAAAGUUAUCUGGUUACAGACAGACAGUAAAAAGACUGAAUGGGAACGAGAAUGUGAACUGGAAGAAUUCGCGCGAGCAGCCGCAUUGUACCGUCCCCUCAGUCAAACAAUGGCCGCUCGCUUCACAUCAGCUAAAGAUACCGACGAGAAAACAAAUAAAGAGGAAUCUGGAAAGAAAGACGAGUCUACUGCUGCUAAGAUGAAAAUGUUCGGCGCUUUGACGCGCGAGAGAUUCGAAUGGCACCCGGAUAGAAUAUUAUGCAAACGGUUUAACAUACCUGAUCCUUAUCCUGGUUAUGGAGUAACUGGAGUGGUGAUGAAUCAACGAGAGAAGGCUAAGACUGCUGAAUCUGAGUCAGUCAUUCGUGAGGUAAAGGCCAUUGAAUAUAAACCUCAUUCGAGUGAGCAAGACACUAACGAAGCCAAGAGUAGUGGACACCAAGAUGAGAUGGAGAUGGUCCAGAAAACGUCUGCACUGGUGGCUGGUUUUCAGAGCAUCGUAUCACAACGAAAACAGCCUUCCUAUCAAGAUACCUCUGCGGGGUCUUCUAGUGAAAGGGCUGACAAAGAGGAACCGAACAAACACGACCCAAACACUGAUGCCGAUGUUAUCAAGCGAGCGUCUAUGGAUCUUUUUAAUGAGAUCUUCGCUGAAAGCUCCUCGGAAAGUGAAUCGGAAAGUGAGGAAAACGAGGAAGCAGAGCAGUCAAAAUCUGUUGAAUUGGAUGUUAAAGAUAAUAAAGAUAAUGAAAAGACAGACGAGGGAGGCAUUGAAACGAAAGAUGUGACCCUAGUAAGUGAUGUCCCAGUACCUGUUCCAGUAGAGGAUACGCCACCUGAAACAAUAGAAAGAGAAAAAGAGCCUUCUCCAGAAACGUUUGGUCCCGCAUUACCAUCGUCAUUCGUUGGCGGCAACACUGCUAGUAGUUCCAAGGGAUUUUAUUUUUCCACUCCCGAAGAUUCUUCCAGGAGACAAGACAAGCAACAAUGCAAGAAGAAAAAGAAGCAAAAGAGUAAAGAAAUGGGUAGCGAUAUCAGUGACAGCAAUGAUAGGUAUAGUAGACGAAGAAAAGAGAAGAAAAAACGCUCGAAGAAGAAGGGAAGUGAUUUGACUGAUAGCGAUGAAGAGUAUAAAAGCAAGAAAAGAAAAAAGAAGACGAGGAAAGAAAUAGAUAGUGAAUUGUCUGACAGCGACAAGAAAAACGCUAGAAAAAAGAAAAAGAAAACGAGUGCAAAAUAUAAGGAGAGUGAUUUUUCUGACAGCGAUAGUGAAGAAUCACUUAGGAAAGAGAAAAAGAAGACAAGAUCGAAGUAUAGCGACAGCAAUGACAAGUAUGAUAAAAGAAAGGAAAAAAAGCCGAAAGAGAAAUACAAUAGUGAUGAUGAUUCGUGUAACGAGGAACGCUCUAAACAUAGGAAAAAGAAACGAAAGGACAAAGAAAAAUCAGGAAAGAAAUAUUCUGAUAAAACAAAAAAAUCCGAUCGAGAAGAGUACGAAGAAAUUCAAUACGAACCUGAAAAAUAUGCGCAAAAGUUUGCGCUAAACACUGCGGUUGGAAAAUCUUCUAAAUCGUUUGAUUCACCAGGGAGUAGUGGAUAUAGAAAAUCAGAUUAUGACGGAAAGAGCAAAGACUCUAGAGAAGAAAUAUCGAAGAAAGAUGCUAGAAACUCUAAUGAUGGCAGAACAGAUAAUAAUUCCUCAAAGGAACAAGAAAUCAGCAGAGUUCCUGAUAGCAAAGAAAUAAUUAAUAAGCUUAAAAACAUUCAGAUGUUAAAAGAAAAGAGACGAAUGCUCGCGGCUGAUUUUAUGUGAACCGCAUUUUCUAUUACUCCCAUGAACUAGGGUACCUUUUGGUGUCAGCGGUCACGCCUGGUUUUCCUUACGACGCAAAACAUGUCAACAGAAAAUGCAGGUAAAUUUUUCGUUUUCACAUGGUAAUCGUCACGAAAUCGCGAGGAAAAAUGUAUUUAAUCUUGGUGGCGGAGCUGGCGUCGCUAAUGAAAAUCUGGGUUAUCUGGAGCGAGGAUUUGAACCACGGAUUCAACAUAGAUAGAUAGACGAACUAGAUAGACGACUUUAUUUAACGAGGGUUGCACUGAGUGUUCAAGGGAGCUAAUGAUCUUGUAGCCUCCUUUGGAGCCUCCACAAGGAGAAGGAAACGUUGCGUGACGACCCUAAGAACGGCUGCAAAGGAGGCUAAUAAUCUUGUGGCCCUCAACUGCUACUAUUUUUUGAUAUCUUGCUCUUCCAACAAUCCUUUUGUAUUUAUAUAUGGUUAUUUUUGCACUGAUAUACUAGUAAGUCAUACAACAUGGGCGAAUUGGCCAGGGUUAAGAUUACCCAAGUUUUCUUUCUAGAUUUCUUAUAAUUCCUUCUGUUCUUAUUUUUCGAUAUGAUAACAUCAAAGCAUGGAUUGAUUCAGUAUCUGGACUGUUCCACACGGCUUUGCAUUUUAUCUGUACUUUACUCUAUAAAAAUGUGAACCCGCCCUUAUGUACUUGGUAAUACUGCAUUCAUUUCUCCAAUAACCUUUUAUCACGCCUCUCUUGUUAUAAGACGGCUAGAAAUACAUGACUUAAAUUACUUUUAUUGAAUCUGAAAAAAUAUUUACAGUCAUGAUUAUAGCUGGAGGGAAGGGUUUGAUACUAGUAAACAAAUAAUUACGUGGCAUAUUUUUUUAAUAAACUACUGGAAUCUUAAAAAUUGAUAUAUGGAAAUAUCAAAAGU